ACAGUGGCGUGCGUGGAUUUCAGAAAUUUUAAGAAGACAUCUGGACAAAAAAGUGCAUAGCUGGGUCUCGUGAGGAUAAAUAAGAGAAACGUAGCACUGGACGGCUGUGCGUUCUCCAGUUUGGCCACGCCCACUCGACCGCGCCGUACAGAUUAAAUGAACGUUACCGCGCGACUUCUGCUGGGAAUUAAUCUGGAAACUGAUGCUGAUGGAGAAACAUGGCUUUGUUGAGGAAAAUCAACCGUGGGCUCCUCAUUCUGCUCAUCCUUGUGGCUUUUGCUCUUCUUUUCAAAAAGACCAGACUACAGACACUGCCCAAGUAUUCAGUACUCAAGAAAGAUGGGGCCGAAACAGGUGUGGAGGACGAGAAAGCGACAGACACUGACAUCCCUGUGGUCAUCUGUGCUUCAGAGGAGCGUAUUGGUGCUGCCAUCGCAACCGUCAACAGCGUCUACAGCAACAGCCGUGCGAGCAUUUUCUUCUACAUAGUUACCCUGCGAGAUGCCAUCAAGAAGAUAAGGUCUAACGCAAAUGUAACACCUGCCAAUGGCACUUGGUUGCACCCAACACAUUAA